AUGAGUUCGCCCAGACCAGGUGCCGACUAUCAAGUGUUUCUGAGUUUCAGGGGACCGGAUACCCGAUUUUGCCUCUACCAUUUCAUGGUGGACGCGGGGAUUCGCGUCUUCAGAGAUAAUGAAGAGAUUCGGCCUGGUGAAAAGAUCCAAGAGAUACUGAGAGCCAUCAACAACUCAAUAGUCUGCAUACCUAUCUUCUCUAAAGACUAUGCUUCCAGCAAAUGGUGCCUACGUGAACUGGCAGAAAUGGUGGAGAAGAAGAAGAAGAUCAUGCCCAUAUUCUAUGAUGUGACCCCCGACGAUGUCAAGCUCAAAACAUGUCUAUAUCGUGACGCCCUGACCAGACACUGGAAAGAAAAGGAGAAGGAGCAAUGGGAAAAGGCACUUAAGGAGGUUGUCGAAACCAGUUGUUCGGAAUCAUCAACAAACAAAGAGGAGAAGGCACUUGUGGAGGUGGUUCAGAUAAAGGGAUGGGAAAUGAAAGAUAACGGUUCCCAAGUUAUACUCGGGAGUGAUAGUGAUAUCAUGAAGGUUUUGUAA